AAAGAUGCCUAAUAUGAGAUAGGCGCUAAAUAUGAGAUAGGAAGAUAUUGGUCAAACUACUCACGUCAGUCAUUUGGCGCUAGUGUGGCUCGGAUUGACACAUCAACAGUGCUAAACGUCUGUCAGUUCGCGCCGGCUAACGGCAAUGUAAGAACGUGUGCGUGUUGGUUAUUUCAACAUCGUAAAACCAAAUAUUUUUCAUCAAAUGUUUACAAGAUGCCUCCCAUCAAAAGAAAGACCUGGGACCACGCUGCCAUGAUACAGGCUGUGAAUGCAGUACGAAGAAAAGAAAUGGGUUACUUAAGAGCAGCGAAACAAUUUGGUGUUCCUAAGGGUACCCUUGAGCGCUAUGUGAAAAAGGAUGUCCGCGCAGAAGAUCUUGUCCAGGUUCGUAUGGGAAGACGGCCAGCCUUGCCUAUUGAUUUAGAAGCCGAGCUGGAAAGGUAUUGCAAAGAAAUGGAUAGAAGAUUUUAUGGCUUACGUCUGCAGGACAUUAAAUACAUGGCGUUUCAAUUGGCAAUUAAAAAUAAUUUGAGGCAUCCUUUCAGUGUUACUAAAGCUUCUGUUGGUAAAAAAUGGCUUCGUGGAUUUUUGAGGAGACAUCCUACAUUAUCUAUUAGGACACCUGAAGCAGUUUCUGCUGCUAGAGUAAAAGGAUUUAAUCCAGUUGCAGUCGCCAACUUUUUUGAUUUGUACGAGCCUGAACUUGAUAAGAUAAAAUCCGCUCCACAUAGGGUAUACAACGUUGACGAGACAGGAAUAACAGUAGUUCAACAUAAACGUUCCAAAGUUGUCAGUAUGAAAGGCAAAAAACAGGUCGGUGCGUUGACAUCUCUGGAAAGAGGAAAGCUCAUGACCAUAGUGACCUGUAUGAACGCUUGUGGUACCUACGUGCCUCCAUUAAUAGUUUUCCCAAGGAAAAAUAUGGCUCAAGACCUAAUGGAUGGUGCACCAGCAGGUUCCAUUGGCGAUUGUCAUCCGUCAGGCUGGAUCCAGACACACCUAUUCACAAAGUGGUUUCAGCAUUUUAUCAACUUUACAAAGCCAAGUAAAGAUGAUCCAGUUUUAUUGGUUUUAGAUGGCCACUACACACACACGAGAAAUAUCGAUCUUAUUAAUUUAGCUCGAGACAACAACGUAAUUAUAGUUUGUUUACCGCCACACUGCACUCAUAGAAUGCAACCAAUGGAUGUAGCAUUUAUGAAGCCACUAAAAGCUUACUACUCCCAAGAAAUUGAAACUUGGCUGCGUAAUAAUUCGGGGCGCACUCUAACAAACAAAUAUGUGGCUAGAUUGUUUGGUGCGGCUUAUGAAAAAGCUGCUACCAUGACCAACUCCGUUAACGGUUUUCGCAAAGCUGGGUUAUUUCCGUGCAAUCGACAUAUUUUUACAGACGAAGAGUUUUCAAUCUUUAAUGAUGGGGAUGAAGAGCAAGAUUUACUUAAUGUUCAGAGAAAUGACGAGAACGCAGAUCUGGAAGAUACUAGUUAUGUGCUUACUUCGAUUGAAAACCAAUCAGAGCCAACUGAAAUCUUACCCAAUAGCGGAAUUACAAAUGACAAUCCUUCAGAUGAGUACCAAGGAUUAGCAUCUUCUAAAACAGCCUCAACAGCUAGUGUUUAUGACAAUCCAGUACCCAGUACAUCGUCUUCUGUCUCCCCGUUUGCACUUAAGCCAGUGCCCAGGCUACCUAAGAACAAUUCUUCUUCUAAGAAAACCCGAACUGGAGCAGCUUCUAUAAUCACGGCAUCUCCGUAUAAGAAGUCAUUAGAAGAAUCCCUAAAUAAAAAACAAGAAAAAGAAAAUAAGAAAGGACAGAAGAAACAAUCAGUUAAAAAACAGCAGACAAUGAAAAAAAACCUAUUAAAAAGAAAAAAGCUGAAGAAGUUAGUUCCAGUUCCGAAGACGAUGACAUGCCUGAGCUGGCAGAUAGCAGUGGGGAUGAAUAUGAUGCUGAAUGUCCCUACUGUAGCGGUAACUUUUCGCAGGAUACAAGAGGAGAAAAAUGGGCCAAAUGUGAUAGUUGUUUUAAAUGGGCUCAUGAAGAUUGUGGAGAUGUAGCAUCGAAUCGUUUUUUGUGUUCAUUAUGUUUAGAUGUGUAAGACAUGGUAAGACUAAAAAAUAAUUUAGAAAAGAUUUUAAUUUUUUUAUUGUUUAUUAUAUUCUCUUUGUUUGAUAACCUUUAUUUUAAAAUUUUAUUAAAAAUGCUAAUUUUUAUUAUGAUAACUGAGUUCUGCUCAAAUCUUUGUUAUGUUUAAGUAAAGUAAAAAUUUUGAAGACUGAUGUUAGUCUAAAAUUUAAUAAUUAAUGUACCAAACUGCUAAGACUGAUUUGUCUUAAUAUUUAAUUAAUAAGUUACCUACAAUAAAAAUGUGAUUAUGACGUUAAUAUUGUUUUUUUUUGUUUGUUGACCCCUAAAAUUUAUGGAACCUAAUAUAAGAUAGUAUCUUAUAUUUAGAACCCCUAAUAUCUCAUAAUAGGCGCCCUUUGCCUUGGAAUUUUUUUCUGAUAUUUUUCACUUUUUACAGCAUAGCCAAAAAAUAAUAUAAUUUAGCCUAAAAUAGCUAAUAUACAUUUAAAGUACAUUAAAUUUUCUAUCUAAAAGUAUAUCUUAGAAAGCUUUAAAUGUAACAGUUUUUUUUUAUACCCAAAAAUGGAAAUGGUAUCUCAUAUUAGGCAUCUUUA